CGCUCCUGCUCCUCCAUGGCCCCAGCCUGCAUCCACCAGUCGUCCACGACGUCCCAGCACCCACCCUCCCUCUACCACUACUCGGACGCCACUCCCACCGAAACCUCAAUCAGCACAGGCCUAGCCUCGCACUUCUCGGGCGUGCCCCUCCUCGAAGACGUCAACGGCGUGCUCGAGCGCCGACCCAACUCCAUCCGCCAACCCGUCUUCGAAUGCGCCUUCUGGUUCCUCUCGUGCUCCUACCUGUCGACCGACAUUGACGAAUGGCGCACCCACUGCCUCUCGCACUUCCGGGGCGAGGAACCGCCGAAGAGCGUGACGUGCCCCUUAUGCUCAGACUUCUCGCUCACGUGCCUGGAUGGCUGGACGGCGUGGAAUGCGCGAAUGGAGCAUGUGGCGCUGAGGCACCAUGCCGUGGGAACGUCGUUGAGGACGAGUCGGCCGGAUUUCCACCUCUUCCAGCACCUGUGGCAGAAGCGGUUGAUUGAUGAUGAGGAUUUGAAAGAGUUGAAGGGGGGGAAUCAUAAUCUGGAGAGGGCGCCGGGGAACUUUGUGGUUACGCAUGGGAGGAGGGAGAGGGGAAGGGGAAGG